AGCCAUUUUGGCUUUUGACUUUUUCCGCCUCUCCUUGUCAUUUCCGGCCAUGGCUCGCAUGAUCCGCGGCGUCUUGCUGCUGGCGGUCGCCUUUGCCCUGUCCACCGCCUUCGUCCCUACACAGCCCCGGCUGAGGGGCGGAGCUGCCGCGGGCAUCGCCGGCGCCGCGGGCAUCGCGGGGAGCGCGCUCCCCGCGGUGGCGGAGGAGGGGGGCCUCUUGAACUUCGGAAAGGUGGAGUUGGGCAAUGGCUUCGCGCUGAACCUGGACAUCCCGGAGACCAAUCUGAUCAACAUCUCCAUCCUCAUCGCGGGGCUCUUGUACUUCCUGGCCCCAGUGCUCGGGGAGUCCAUGGCCUCCAGGGAGAAGGAGAUCACCACGGACAUCGAGGACGCCAUCGCCAAGUACAACGAAGCCACCGCGCGCUUGGCGGAGGCUGAGAAGAACAAGGCACAGGCGGACCAGGUGGUGAAGGAGAUCAACGACAGCAUCUCCAAGGACAUCAAGGAGUUCCAGGCCAAUUUGGAGAGUCAGGCCAAGAAGACCAAGGCGAUCCAGGACGCCGCCAAUGAUAAGAGCCUUAAGGAGCUCGAGCAGAGGACCCAGGAGAGGCUGGAGGCCUACAUCGACAGCCAGGCGGUGGAGCGAGGCUUGAAGGAGCUGAAGGGACUCAAGCCCAACCAGAAGCAGAAGUUUAUGGACGCGGCCAUCGCAUCCCUUUAAAGGGAUGAAUUGGAGGGGUGGAAGGUCACUGAAAAAGAUGGGAAGGAGAUGGAUCCUUUGUGGGAACAUGUUUGAAGCAAAUGCAAGCCAGGGUAGUUUUACAAGAUGCGUUGAAGGGUGA